GUAAAUUAUGAAGCUAGGGAAAAUAUUAUUAAAUUCAAAAAUUCUUUCAUCAGAAGUGCUUACAAAGUACUUGAUGCAGACAAGCCAACCACCAUGGACAUCAUAUUUCAUAAAAUUAAAAGAUUGCGAAAAUGACUUGAAAGGAAAGACUUCAUUUAAUUGGAAGAUUCCAACAGGCGAGAAUUAUCAUAUUUUAAGGACAUGGUGCUGGCCAUAUCUAAAAUUUCAUUGCACCAAGACAGACCCACCACAAGACUUGGAUAUGGAAAAUAAAUUCUUUGAAAUUAUGAAGAAAAUUAAUCUUGGAAUUCCGUUAAUUGCUUAUGGAGUUGCUGCCAUUUUCCUCAUAAAGCAUGAAGAAGUCGUCCACGUUUCAGAUACAACUCAAAUUAAAAUUUAUUUCCUAAUACCUGAAGAAAAAGGCUCAAGAUAUUAAUAAAGCAUUAGCAUAGGGGCCGUUCACUUAUUACGUUAC